AGAAAAAGGAAAAGGAAAAGAAAAAGAAAAGAGAAAAGUUCGCUCUUGCCGUUUCGUCGAUUCACUUCGUCGAGCGUGGCGCUUUAUUUACGAUAUCUCGCAGCGGGGUAACUCGAGCCAAAGAGAGCUCGUUAAAAGCGUCGAAACGUUGCCUCCGUUCGGAGAAGAACAACGACCACCGAAAUAAACGCGGCUCUCUCCUCCCCAUUGCCCGUUUAAUGACUCUCGCGCCUCGCUCCGGGAAUCUUUCACCUGUGCCCGAGCAACGUUGCACGCUCGAGCGGAGAGAUAAAGGAGAAGGCGGUGGUGGAGAAGGUGGGAAGACGAGAAGAGAGACGGCGAACAAAGAGGGAAAGAGAAAUUGUAUAUAGGGGGGGAAAUAGAGAGAAAGACGGAGGAGCGACGGUGAAAGAAAGAGAGAAGGACGCGAAAAGAGGAAAAAGAAGGAAUGGAAACGGUGGCAGAGAGCGGCGUUUUGCGGUAGGGUAGGGGAGUAGCAGCGAGCGAGGACGGUGGGCCUGUUUGGGACUUUGCUUACGUAGAAGGCGGAAGAAGCCGGAGGAGGGGUGAGUGUACAGCGCGGACGAUCGAGAUCGUGAGUAGGUCACUGGGACGUGGCUCGUGGCGGAGACGAGCGUGGCUCGCACCUUCAGUCAGUCCCCGUCGGCCAAGGUAACCACCUCUGGGACCGUGCAGUCGCGUCAGAGACAGAGCCACAAGUUCCUUUUUUCUUUAAACGGGAAAAGGAGGCACGCUCGCGCACUCGGCCCCGAUGACGAACGACCGACGAGCGUGAAUUAUCACUCGGGGUUAUCGCUUCGUGUGUACCCCUUGGAAGGCGUGCUUCGACCGGGGGGUUGACAAAGGGAUCACGCGCAACCACGCCAGCUUCUUUCCAAAGGACAUCGGUGGAUCUCGAACGCGAUAGACCAUAGACCAGUGUCUCUCUGCGAAGAAACGAAGGAUUCGAGAGAGAGAGGACACUCGCAUGAUGGAGAGGACGUGGCGGAGUAUACGGAAAUCGACUUUAAUCUUGUUGCUGCCUUUGCUUUUAGCUAGGGUAAAUUGCGAAGCUCCGCUGGUGGACAGUAGUGCACUGCCUUUGGAACACAGAUCGGUUUACGGGCCACCGGCGCAAUAUGGUCCUCCUGCGACGCACGGCGCCGAGGAAAAUUGGCCGUUGGCGUCUCCGGACACACCGCAAAUAAAACACUUGCAGGUGCAAUGCGAGAAGACGCACAUGCGAGUAAACAUCGAGUUCGACAGACCGUUUUACGGAAUGAUCUUCAGCAAGGGUUUCUACUCGGACCCGCAUUGCGUUCACUUGAAGCCGGGCACAGGUCAUCUGAGCGCGACCUUCGAGAUCUUCUUGAAUUCCUGCGGAAUGAGUUCUUCCGCUAACCAUAAUGCGGCGGCUUACGGAGCUCCGACGCCUUCCGGUAGUUACGUGGAGAACACUAUAAUCGUUCAGUACGAUCCGUACGUGCAGGAAGUGUGGGAUCAAGCGAGGAAGCUGCGCUGCACUUGGUACGAUUUCUAUGAAAAGGCAGUAACCUUCAGACCCUUCCAAGUGGAUAUGUUACACGCCGUUACCGCCAACUUCCUCGGCGACAAUCUGCAAUGCUGGAUGCAGAUCCAGGUUGGCAAAGGACCAUGGGCCAGCGAAGUCUCCGGCAUAGUGAAGAUAGGGCAAACCAUGACCAUGGUCUUGGCUAUCAAAGACGACGAGAAUAAGUUCGACAUGUUGGUGAGGAACUGCGUUGCCCACGAUGGCAAGAGAGCACCUAUUCAGCUGGUAGAUCAGUAUGGUUGCGUUGUUAGGCCGAAGAUCAUGUCAAGGUUCCAGAAGAUAAAGAACUUCGGCCCGAGCGCCUCUGUCGUCAGCUUCGCUUACUUCCAGGCUUUCAAGUUCCCCGAUAGCAUGAACGUUCAUUUUCAAUGCGUGAUACAAGUUUGUCGUUACAAUUGUCCGGAGCCAAAAUGUGGACAUCCUGGGCUCGAGUACGGUGCCCCUGCCACGGGUCUCACUCAGGAAUACGGUGCACCGGUUCAUCAGAACCUCGCUGCCGAAUAUGGAGCGCCUCCGGUACCCGAAUACGGUGUACCACCCGCGUUUGCCGAUCCUCGGCAUCCCAGUGGACCGGCUGGAGCUUACAGUGAGCAGAACGCGGAUGUAGUACCAGCACCGCAAGCACAAACCUCGUCUUCCUCGCCGAGUUCGACGCCGGGAGAUGCGACGGCCAGUAGCUCGCCGCAGAGCCCGCAAGAUAACAUUCACCUUCCUCCGCCCCCUCUUCCUGGUCAUCCAGCCGGGGCCUAUCAGACCGUGAAGAGAAAGGGAACCGCCGGUUCCGAGGAGCUCGAGGGUAACCUGGCCACCCUCGGAGGUCGACCGAGGUCGGUCGAAGGUUUUCCAGCCGAGCUUAGAGGUGCCAGAAGGCGAAGAUCCGCCGACGAACAUUUGCAUGACGAUGAUUCCAGUAUCUACCGCACCGUCACCUUGGUCUCGAGCCACGUGUACAAGCGAGCAGCCCAGGAGAUGACAGACGUGAACACCUCGAGGACGAUUCAGGUGGUCGCGCCAGGCGACGUGAACUUCGCCUUAGGCACAACGAAUUCCAGCAACGAUACCACGGUUGUUAUCCAAAACGCCAGCGCCUCGGCCGAUCCCGAGACCAUCUGCAUGAGUCUGCCUGGUUUCGUCGGUGGUCUCGUGAUGCUUCUUCUCGUAGUAGUAGUCGCAUCCCUGGUCGCGGCGUUUCUUUUCGUCAGGGUGCGCGCCGUCGACCGGAAAAAUAUCGUGGCCGGAAGCGGCUUCGUCCACGCGGCGUACGCGGCGGAUAACUGCAGCGUGCCGAAUCCAGAAUUCGUCAAGGUGGCCAACUGAGAUCGCGACGGCGAAAGAAAUUCGGUGAAGAACGAGAGAAAACGAUUUCUCGAGGAUGACCGAUCUCGAGGACGGACACCGUGCUGGAAAAUAUUAUUUAAUUUCUAUGGCCGAGUUACCUCGAACAUUCUCUCCGUUCUCCUCUGUCGUUCGUCCGAUUUUCUCUUCCGGAAUUCAGCUUCUUUUCCACAGGUCUCUUUCCUUAGUCGAAUCUUAUCCGUUGGUCGAUCGAACGUGUGCUUUUCUCUUCGAUCGAGUUCGCUUGAACGAAGGAACGGACGGAAUGUUUGGGUACCGUGUAAAUAAGCGCACUAGAAACGCGACUCCGCGGCAGACAGAACAAGAGAAAAGGAGGAUGAAUCAAAGAAUCGCAAGAACGACACGCAUGGAACGCGUUUCACCUGUCGCGAUCGUGCCUGUUAAUCCUUUCAUCGCCACGAAGCACCGCGUACCAUCGGCUUGUUCAAACUUUUAUGUUUACCUCGAUACGUUUGCAACGUAACCGCUUGCAACGAUCCGUGCAAUUGUAACGUACCGCGCGAACUACCUUACGCGAAAAGAUCGAUCGUACGAAGAUGGCCGUAUCGAUGUAUUUACGAUAUGCGUUUACGCGACUAACGGCGAAACGUUGUCCGAUGCGGGUCGUUCUAGGCCGGACCCCGUGGCACGUCAUGAUCGCGGUAAGACUAAGAAAAAGUAGCUUAAUCACGCGUUAAGGCGGUAAGAAUAAGUCGCGGCGUGCUACGAGGGUAAGGUUCGUCGAUGAUCGCCGGAGCAGUCUCGGAGGGCAUUGUAAAUAAGUCGGAAGUAGUCAGACGGCCCUACGCGAUGCGACGCGCGGAUUUCUUUUUCAAUUCCGCGUCCUCGAUCGCAAACUCUGUGUACGCUCGAUUAUUUAUACGUUUGUAUAAUUCGAAAGAUAUUCCUUCUUCCAACUUCGCUGUACCUCGUAUCUCGCGAGCCACGGGUUCUGCGUGUUUGAUGUUUCGCGCGACCGAAAGCCGAUGUCUCUAUCGGAACUCGUGACGAUUCCUUCGUACGUCUUCUUAUUUAUAUCGUUUUUCUUUUUACGCUAUCUCUAACUCUCUCUUUUUCUUUCGAUCGAUCUAACCCUAAUUUAUUUGUCGAAAUUACCCGCGAACAUACCUCUCUCCAUCUUCCUCAUUCUCUCAUCCCUUCUUCCUCGCCCUUUUGUCCCCCUUGUUCGCUUAGUAUUUAAGAUUUUCGAGAAAAGAAUAUUCCCUGGAUACGGGAAUAUGUUUCAAGUAUGUGUCUUAAGCACACGCCCGCGCUUACAAAAACACACGUACGUACGAAUGUAUAUGUAACCUACGAUGCAGACAGAGUUGCACAUGUACGCGCAUACGCGCAAGUAUAUAUGUGCGUGAGUUACAUCGUAUACAUUGUUACACUGGCGCGAAUAACGUAUACACUGAGACAAGAUUUGAUUAUUUCAUAAUUAUUUUAAUUACAUAUUCAUUUUUAUUUAUAUAA